AUGGACUUUACUCGCGAACUGCCAUCGACGAAAGAUGCAAGCACAUCACAUUCUUCCGUACGCCCUCGAUCUCCUCUUCCCGAUAGAGGGGAACAUGAUGAUGAUGCUGUACACAACGAUGGAUCUGAAAUCAAGGCAAGUAUAGAAAUGAAAGGAGUAUUCACGGACCAUGUGGCUGACAGGCGCAAUGAUAGAUACAACGUGAACGUUACGUUGUCCUCAAGAAGAUUGGUGCGGGUGGAUCAAGCGAAUCUUUCAAGUGUAUUCAAAGCAACACGAGGUCCCAUUACUUUGCAAAUUUCGCCGGGAGGAUCGUAUUGCUCACCUAUAUCAACAUGCUAUCGUAAAGUCAGAGAAGAUGAUCUAUAUGGUGCUCGAACUAGGUCGAUCGAUUUUGAGCAUGUGUUGGCGAAGCGCAAAAAUCAACCUCCAGAUUAUCACUUUAUACGACAUUAUUGGCAUCAAAUGCUGGAAGCUGUGGCUACUAUACAUCAAGAGAACAUCGUGCAUUCUGACCUCAAACCUGGCAAUUUUAUCCUCGUCGAUGACACACUGAAGUUGAUUGAUUUUGGUCUAGCGAAAGCUAUAGAGGACCUCCAUUUAGAACCGUAA